GAACAAAAACUGCCAUGCAGAAAUGGCCCUGCCGGUGUACGAUCAGGAGCUCCAACUCUGGAGGUGCAAGUGCCGUAACACCUACGCGAGCUCUGGAAGGAAGCGGCAAUCUACUGACGUCGCAUGGGGUGGCAUGCCGCAGACCUUCGCAUAUUACCAGUAUGAGAAGCGUCGUUGGGCCUUCUGUCCCGGCUACGACCCAGUCCGCCGAUUGGAUCUCUUCGAACAGCUCAGACAACGCAAAUAG